CCGCAAGCGCUGAAGAACGAAGAUUACGAGUGCGCGUUUCCUCUGAAUACACAGUGGACUUUUAUGGACCUGACGAGGAUUUCGUACGAGGACAUCUAUUUUUUUUUUCUUAAUCUCCAAACACUUUGAAGUCUGGGAAGUAACGGAUGAAGAUACCUGUGUGUUAUUGUAAUAAAGUUUAGGAUUAACUGAGCGAGAUGGCGCAUCUGUCUUUGUACUGCCUGCUGUCUGUGUCGCUUUUGCAGUUGGUGGCUUCAUCGGGUGUAUUUGAAUUGAAAGUUCACUCGUUCAGCACGACACGCCGCUUCUGCAGGAGGACGCGAGACUGCAACAUCUUUUUCAGGAUUUGUCUGAAGCAUUCGGAAGACGUCAUCUCCGCUGAGCCUCCGUGCACCUUCGGAACCGGACAGACAAAUGUCCUGCGAGCGGACCAGAGCUCUAUAGCCAGCAGCGCAGCCAUCCGGGUGCCUUUCCACUUCAAGUGGCCGGGGACGUUUUCUCUUAUUAUUGAGGCAUGGAAUGCUGAGUCUCCGAAAGAGCAUCAUGACUACACAGAGAAUCAAAACAACCUGAUCAGUCGUUUAGCAACACGAAGGCGCUUGGCGAUUGGAGAAGACUGGUCUCAGGAUGUUCAUUUUGGAGACCAGAGUGAGCUACGUUACUCAUAUCAUGUUUUCUGUGAUGAGUUUUACUUCGGUGAGGCGUGUUCGGAUUACUGCCGUCCUCGUGACGAUACACUGGGACACUACACCUGCGAUGAGAACGGAAACAGGGAAUGCCUGGAGGGAUGGCAGGGAGACUACUGCUCUGACCCCAUCUGCUCUUCGGACUGCAGCGAGCGGCACGGUUACUGCGAGUCACCUGGUGAGUGCAAGUGUCGUCUGGGAUGGCAGGGGCCAUCCUGCAGCGAGUGUGUGCAUUACCCAGGAUGCCUGCAUGGGACCUGCUCGCAGCCAUGGCAGUGUGUGUGUAAGGAGGGCUGGGGAGGCCUCUUCUGUAACCAGGACCUCAACUACUGCACCAACCACAAACCCUGUGCUAAUGGCGCCACCUGCACCAACACCGGACAGGGAAGCUAUACCUGCACCUGCCGGCCAGGAUAUGGGGGCACGAACUGUGAGCUGGAGAUUAACGAGUGUGAUUGCAACCCCUGCAAGAAUGGUGGCAGUUGCAAUGAUUUGGAGAAUGAUUACUCCUGUACAUGUCCUCAGGGAUUCUAUGGGAAGAACUGUGAGAUCAUUGCGAUGACAUGUGCGGAUGACCCCUGCUUUAAUGGAGGGACAUGUGAGGAAAAAAUCACUGGUGGCUACGUCUGCCGCUGCCCCUCAACCUUUACCGGAUCCAACUGUGAGAAGAGACUGGACCGCUGCAGCCACAAACCUUGUGCUAAUGGCGGUGAGUGUGUGGAUCUGGGCGCUAGUGCUCUGUGCCGCUGUCGCCCUGGUUUCACCGGCCCUCGCUGUGAGAUGAACAUCGAUGACUGUGCCCGCUACCCGUGUCAAAAUGCCGGCACAUGCCAAGAUGGCAUUAGCGAUUACACCUGCACCUGUACACUAGGUUUCACCGGUAAAAACUGCAGCCUCCGAGCAGACUCUUGUCUAACAAACCCAUGCCUCCACGGGGGAACGUGCUACACACACUUCUCCGGGCCAGUGUGUCAGUGUGUGCCUGGGUUCAUGGGUCCAAACUGCGAGUUUCCUGUGCAGGGAGGUAUGGAGCUGAUGGCGCCCCGGGUUGGACGGACCUCACCUUCAGCGGUGGCGGUAUCAUGUGUGUUAGGUGUGCUGGCUGUGUUUUUGGGAGUGUGUGUGGGACUGGUGGUGAUCAGGAGGAGAAGGCAUAGACUGCGCAGACAGCAGCUAUGCGAUUCAGUAUUUAAUGAUUUGGAGACAGUGAAUAAUUUAGACAGGCAGCACUAUCCCUAUGACAGAGACUACGGUCAGGUGAAACCCUGCAACACUGAGGGCAGAAUUUCAUUGGCAGCUUCUCACACACUGCCUGCUGGGCAGGACUUCCUGUGGAGUGCUGGAGGAGGUCUUAGAUAAGGCAACACACACUUGUACACUCAUGCAUACACUAAUGUAGACAAGCGAGCAUAAACACAGAUACACAAACUCACAUGCAGGGAUAAGAAUUUGGAUGUAGCACUUGCUUUUGUCUUAAUUAUUAUGAAUGAAUGAAUGAAGUAUGUUAUGACUGAAUAACGGAUUGGACCUUUGCCAUCUGUAUAGGUGGAAGACUCUGUAAAAAAACAAAAAACCAAAAGAAAUAAACAAGCACAUCGUUAUGCUGGGCUUUGUGAAUCUGUAUAUGUAUAUGAAGACGGACACAAGCCCUGAAAGCUGAUACAGACUUGGGUUGCAGAACUCUAUACACAGAGAACUGAUAUCUUUAUACAAAGAUAAAGAAGUGAAAAUAACUCUAUACAAAGAGAGCUAAGUAAGGAAAUACCUCUAUUGAAAGAGAAAGAAGUUAAACUGAAGAGCAGGAUUAGGUGUUCUCAAGUCAAACUCUGGGCUUUGUAUAGGACUUAUUAAAACAACUUUUUUCCUCUCUUAUAAGAAUGAGAAUAUCACUUUUGUUUAUUUGCCAGGAUUUUGCCAGCAACAGGUGUUUUAAUAAAAACGUUGUAAUAAUAAACAAACAAAUAAAAAUGUGGCGAGAAAGUAAGCAAGCAGCAGUCAGGAAUGUGAUUAAACUAUGUUCUUAAGGCCCAAUGGUAAGAUUUUGCUCCAGUUUUGUAUUGCGUAUUAAGCAGUGUGUUUUCUUCCUCGACUGACAUGAGGAAAUGUGUCAUUGGUUCUUAAAUGUUAAAUUGAUUUUCUUCAAUGGGGUUUAUGUCUAAUGAAUGUUUAUUUCUUUUGUCAGAUGUUUCCUAUUAAUUUAAUCCUAAAUUUAUGCCUAAGUUU